UCUUGCACGUCUGUGCAAGAGUGAACAAUAAUAAGCUCCUGCCAAGAGACCUGGAAACCAUCUAAGCUUUUGGCUCAUUCAGAACUUCCCUCCCCUCUCCCCAGCUUUCAUUUCCUGACCCAUUGGCGUUUGAAGGAAAAAAAAACCCUAUACACACAACUUCCAGCCCCUUCCUAUUCCAUGGCUGCAUUGUUCUCGGCUAUCAAAACAGGCUUUACAAAUAGUUUCUGAUUCCUGGCCUUGGGGGUGCUGGUGGAUAGGUGGUGGGAGUGGGAGGACUAAAUAGACACAACCUGCAGCUGCUGUAGGCCAAGUGCAGUGAGGGAGAAGGAGGGUGAGGUGGGAGAAAAAUCUAUUCCAGCAAAAUCUGUCCGGACUUAUAAACUGGAGGAAGCAGAUCUGCAAAGGAGAAACCACAGGGCAACAUGAAGAUCUUUCUGUUCCAGCUAGCCUCACUGCUCCUGCUUCUUCUUGUCCAGACACCCACUUCACAAGGACAAGCCAUCAAUGACCAAGCUCAGCAGCAACACUGUGGAGAAGAUUCUGUCCCACUGGACUGUGAAGACAUUUAUGACCAAGGUUCAGAAACAGAUGGAGUGUACCUCAUUUACCCUGCAGGCCCCAACACCCCAGUGCCUGUGUAUUGUGAUAUGACCACUGACGAUGGAAAAUGGACGGUUUUCCAGAAACGCUUCAAUGGUUCGGUGAGUUUCUUUCGGGGCUGGAGUGACUACAAAUUGGGCUUUGGCAGAGCAGAUAGCGAAUACUGGCUGGGGCUGCAAAACAUCCACCAUCUGACCCUCAAGCAGAAGUAUGAAUUACGUGUGGAUCUGGAGGACUUUGAGAACAACACAGCCUUUGCCAAAUACACUGACUUCUCCAUCUCACCGAAUGCAAUCAGUGCGGAAGAAGAUGGCUACACAUUGCACGUAUCCGGUUUCACUGAUGGAGGGGCAGGAGACUCACUGUCCUACCACAGUGGCCAGAAGUUCUCCACCUUUGACCGUGACCAAGACCUUUACCUGCAGAACUGCGCAGCACUCUCUUCAGGAGCUUGGUGGUUCAAAAGCUGCCAUAUUUCCAAUCUUAAUGGCUUCUACCUUGGUGGAGCCCAUCUCUCCUAUGCUAACGGCAUUAACUGGUACCAAUGGAAGGGGUUUUACUACUCCCUCAAAAAAAGUGAAAUGAAAAUACGUCGUGUUUGAGAACCAAGAUGAUGUGCAGCCUCUUCCCAUUCCCCACAUCGGCAGCAACUGGGAAGAUGAUGUAAGAUGAGCAAAUUGUUAACAUUUUUUAAAAAAAUUGAAAAUAUGUCAUUUAAAUUAAGUUCCAGUUUGUUUAACUCUCCCACAUAUACAUCUUUUUGGAAGUCAGCUGACUACAUCAGCAGGGAGAAAAGUAAAAGGGCGUAUGUGGCAGAAAGGGGAGAUUUCAUUUAGCCAUUGGUGGCAAACAGCUAUUCGUAGAGUAUUCCCCUAGGCUGUGGCUAAACAAAGUACAGCUCUCCAGAUAUUGUUGGACUGGCGCACCCAUAACCUUAGGUGCAACUGCUGUCCACCAUCUGGAGAGAUGAUGUUUGUUCACUUUGCUUUAAAGAGAAAGGUAAGGUGCAUGGAGGCCCAAGUUUGACUCCUUGCUUGACCAUGGAAGCCCAAUGGGUGAUCUUCAAGUCUGAACACACCUUGCCAAGAAAAAAACCCACAAUAAGUUCAUCUAAGGGUUGCCAUGAAUUGGAAACAACUUGGCACACAACAAAGCUAGCAUAACCAAUGAUGAGUUGCAAUCCAAGAAUAUCCGGAGGCCCCCAAUUGUGCUCAUUCAUCCUAGAGGCCAGACAUGAGGAAAGUGAGACCUGCAAGCUGUGUGUAAUCUCCAGCUUUACAUUUUCAAGGCUGAGCCUCAGGGAAUUCAUAUAAAAGUGAACUGAUUCUUAGAUAAUUUCCCACCCCAAAUGCAAGGAAGCUGCUUGCAAAUGUAGCUGUUUUGAUUCCCUAGCCCCAGAACCUAUAGCCACUCCCAAAUGCCACUUUCUGCUCCAAAUCAGCUGAAAAUGGUGAUAGUAAGAACAUAAUAUUACAGUAGAGUCUCACUUAUCCAAGCUAAACGGGCCGGCAGAAGCUUGGAUAAGCGAAUAUCUUGGAUAAUAAGGAGGGAUUAAGGAAAAGCCUAUUAAACAUCAAAUUAGGUUAUUAUUUUACAAAUUAAGCACCAAAACAUCAUGUUUUACAACAAAUUUGACAGAAAAAGCAGUUCAAUAGGCAGUAAUGUUAUGUUGUAAUUACUGUAUUUACAAAUUUAGCACCAAAAUAUCAUGAUAUAUUGAAAACAUUGACUACAAAAAUGGCUUGGAUAAUCCAGAAACGUGGAUAAGCGAGGCUUGGAUAAGUGAGACUCUACUGUACUUGCAAUGUAGUGAGGUAUGCAGUGAGGAGGGAAUGGAUGAUGAAGGCUGAUUCCUGUCAGUUGCCAAUAGCCUGAGAUCUCAAGAGAGCCAACUGAUAUCAUAGGCCCCAUUUUAAACUGCAUUAUAUGGCAGUGUAGAUGGGGACCUAGUCUCCUCCUCCUUUCAGACUGGUGGUUUCUUGUGUCCACAUGCCUUGAAUUCACUUGUUGGCUUGUGGUGACCCUAUGAAUGUCACAUUUGUUGGAGGUCUCCUAUCCAAGCAGUAACCAGAACUGUCCCUUCUUAACUUCCAGAGUCAGAUGGGACUUGGUGCCUUGAGAGUAUUUAGGCCCUAGGUAUCUCUUUCUCAGUGUCAAAGUCAUUCCAUAUGAAAGUGCAGUUCCCUCUUCUUAUAAGUGGGUGGGCUUUUCACUACACAAUCAGCUGGAAGAAAGGGGCACAAAACAGUUCGGUAUUGUAGAUAUCUUAUGCCCUACAACCCAACACUCCCUUGUUUCAGUUGACUAUGUUAUCACAGCAUUGUACUAGUGAAGGAAAAGGCUGCUGAAGGCUGCAUAUAUACAGCCAGGUAAAACAACUUGCUUAUGAGGGUGGGGGGAGGGAGGAAAUGGAAAUGUCAACAGUGGCUACUAGUGAUGGUGGUUGUGAUGGAAGAGAGGUGCCUCAAGGAUCUGGUUGGCAUUAGGGAUAGGAGUGUAAAAGAGAUAAACUGCAGAAUCAGACCAGAAAUACACCUGGACUAAGGCUUCCUGAAUCUGCCAGUAAAUAUGGCCACUGGCUAUUGGAGUCUGGAAGUAGUUUCCCAUAACAGUUUUCCCAAUCUCUGGACAAUAAACCACGCAAGCAUCCAAUGGCUUAGGUUAACCCCCUUCACAAAUGAUUUUAAAUAAUUGCUAAAAGAAACUACUGUUUUCUGAGUGACUUGGACAGAAUGAAUAGAUACGCUAUUCUUCCACUAGCUUAUGAAAAUGGCCAAAUUUACUUGGGGCAAAAUCUGAAUAUUUCCAUUGUGUUUGAGCCCAGGACUGAGGGUAUGUUAAAGGUGAUUAUGGUUCAAAUAGCGAAUGAUAAGAUACCCUGCUGAACAAAAGUAAUGAGUCCUCCUAUUUGUAAUCUUUGGUUUCCACAUUGAAAUAAACAUCCAUUAUCUGAA